AUGUCGAAAAAGAGUAAUGAUCCUGAAUUCAUAAAAGCAUUCAUUGAAUUAUAUAAACUGAAUCCAUGCCUAUGGCAAAUUAAGCAUAGUUGUUAUACAAAUAAAGUGGUAAAACAAGAUGCAUACGCAAAAUUAGUAAAAUUAUAUCGAGCCGUAGAGCCAAAUGCAACAAUUGAUACAGUGAAACAAAAGAUAAAUAAUUUACGUAGUUCAUUUCGUAAGGAAUUGAGAAAAGUGAGAAAAAAUAAACCUGGUGCAAUAUAUAAUCCAUCGUUAUGGUACUUUAAUUUAUUAUUAUUUACGGCUGAUCAAGAAGAAUUUAAUAAACAGGAUUCGAAUUCAAAUGAUGAUGACACUACUGUCGAUGAAACUGAAGAUAUUGAGGAAAUGUGCAAUGAUCUUCCAAUACCAAUUUUUUGUAGCACAGGUGCAUUUAGCCCAUCGCCAAGCUAUUUUAGUACGUCAUUUGAACGACCUAUAUCCAGAGGAUCCGAUACUGCUUCAAUAGACUCAAAAAAUCGUAUUAAAAAUGAACUAUCCUCACAAUAUGAAUCAUACGAGAAUUUGUUAAUAAAUUCAAAAACAUUGGAUGAUAAUGAUUCAAAUAUUGGAGUGGAUUCAUUGAAAAAGCGUAAAAUUGCAAGAGAAAUUGAAGGAAAAGAUGAAUUCCACUAUAUUGGAAUAAAUAUUGCUUAUAAGCUUCGACAAAUGAACGAAGUUCAACGAAUUCAGACACCUAUCGUAACAAGAUUUUAA